AGGCUGCCUGACAGGACUCAAAACUGCCAUAGGCCUGGGCCAGUGUUGCUAUGAGGUUACUAUGCAAAUUCCAUAGCGACGCACACACUGUCCUGUGUUAGUAAAUACGAGUGUCUCAGUGCAAAUGUAACAGCCCCAUAAAUAGGAACCACGGCACCGACGGGUCACAUGACUCUGUCACAAGGGCCACAGGGCCAUAAAAACCAUGAUACUCUGUGUAUUUGGUGUCAUAGGAAGCGGUUUGAGGCUGAGGAAGAGGAUGAGCCGCCCCUGACUCCUCACCGGCGACAGCAUUGGGAUCACGUUUGGCGCAGGAAUAACCUGGAUGUGAGGAGACACAGAGGAAUUCUGGGAGGAGCCAAGGGCGUGGCUGUGCCUAGAGCUUUAUAUGCAGCACCGGCGCCCUGAUGCAUGGCACUCACACUGAGAGACAGUCUCACAGAGCAAAGAGACAGUCACGGGCCAAUGAAAGAGACUGUUUCUAUGUAGGACACCCUAGGAAACCAGCAAGGGACUGCGGGCGGCCAAUAUGGGCGCUACCCGAGGAAUACGGAUUAUUAUCACUGCCGCCGUGGUGUGUUGGUGCCUGGGGUUCCACCAAUCAGCAGCAGCAGUGUGCGGGAGGCAAGGGCCACAGAGCCGCAUUUAUGGCGGGAGCGACACCUACCCGGGCGAGUGGCCUUGGUACGCCAUGUUGCACUACCUGGGGAAGCCGUACUGCGGGGGGAGCCUCAUUUCCAACGACUACAUCCUCACCGCCGCACAUUGCUUUGAUGGGGACUUGUCUUUACGGACCCCAGAAUCCUGGACUAUACAGCUGGGUAGUUCUAGAGUAGGAGGACCCCCUGAGAGAUCAACGCUCAUCCUGAAGGCAUCUCAGAUCCUGUUGCAUGAAGACUACAUACACUUCUUGGAUGGCCAUGACCUGGCGUUGAUAAAACUGGCCAAACCAGUGACGUUCACGAGUUUCGUCUCUCCCGUUUGCCUGCCAGAGGUCCAACAUAGGUUCCGGCUGCGCAGAACCUGCUGGGCGCUUGGACUCCAAGACGUUGCACCAGGAGUGCCCUUGGACAGCAAGAGGUCCCUACAGAAAGUGACUCAGACAUUGAUUGGAUACAAGACAUGCAACUGUAUCUAUAACUCCCAUGGCAGACCAGAGCUAACCAACGCCACCUUGCCCAGCAUGCUGUGUGCCGCAGAGAGCGAUGGCGAGAAGGGACCCUGCCUGGGUGACUCUGGAGGCCCAGUGGUAUGUCAAGAAGAUGGAGCCUGGUUCCUUGCUGGUGUCAUCAGCUUCUCCCAAGGGUGCCAUUUGCGUGAUAGCCCCACAGUUCUCACCGCCGUGUCCCUGUACCAGGACUGGAUUAAGCAGAAGGUUGGCUCUGAAGCAUCCUUUUCUCCUCAGACCAUUGAUGUGAGAGAUGAUGUGGACACAGACAGUUGCAGUGAUCUCCUCAGCACCAGGAGCUCAGGCUGUGGCAUCAUUGAAAUACAAGGUUCUGACCCACGCAGUCCAGGAGUCUGGCCAUGGCAGGUGGAUCUGCACAAAGAUGGCCGCAGGAUGUGUGGUGGGACCCUUAUCUCUGCCAACUGGGUGGUCACAGCAGCGCACUGCUUCACGGGCACCCUCUCUUCAGACUCUCCUUUUGAUUGGUCAGUGGUGUUGGCCCCUGGAACCCCGGCCGUGAAGGAAACACCUGUGCAGAAGAUCACCCUGCAUGGGGCCUACGUCUCCACGGAGAACGGGAAAGAUAUUGCCCUCCUUCAGCUGACACGCCCCGCUUCUUUUGGACCCUAUACCCUUCCGGUCUGCCUGCCCCGCGCCUCCCACCGACUGCUUUAUGGCGCUACUUGUUGGCACACAGGACGGGAUGGACCCCACCCAGAUGGAAAGAUGGGACCCCCCAAAGGAGCAUCGGUGGAGCUGAUUGGACCAAACAAGUGUAACUGUAUUUACAGUAAACCAGGCACCACCAAUGCCAGCGUGUCUGUCCUACCCAGCAUGCUUUGUGCCGCACAGCAGGAGGGCCAGUGCUUGAGCGACUCUGGGGGGCCCCUGGUGUGUAACGAGAGUGGGACAUGGUUCCUGGUGGGGGUGCAGAGCUUUGCAGGGAGCUGCCAGGAGAGAAGAGGGAAGGCGCUGCCUGGGGUUUAUACAAAGCUCAGCGAUUAUGAGAACUGGAUCUCCACAAUCACGCGGGAUGCCUUCUUCAGCCUGCAGAAAGAGACGCCCCCUCAGGAGCUGGACUCUGAGAGAUGCUCGGAGGGAUCUUCCAUAGGCUGUGGCCAUUCCGUGGCCUCCCCUAGCCUUGCCCUCCUUAACAAAGCCACCGAGGCGGCCUGGCCGUGGCAGGUUAGUAUCCAGCAGUAUGGAUUCCACGUCUGUUCCGGGGUGCUGAUCGCUGAAACCUGGGUGCUCACUGCUGCUCACUGUGUGUCCAGUCUUGUGCCCCCUAGUGACUACUCUGUGCAUCUGGGCAAGCAUCAACAAGGUGGAUGGAACCCUCACCAGAUAAUGCGGGCGGUCAAGCGGGUGGUGUUGCACCCUGAGUAUGGCCCUGCAGCAGGUGAUAAUGACCUGGCCUUGUUAGAGACCUACUACGGGGUCACCUACAGCGACUAUAUCCAACCUAUCUGCCCACCCUCUGACGUGUCCCUGGCCCAAGCCAAACGAUGCCUGGUCACCGGCUGGGAAACACUUCAGAGCUUUGGGGACCCCUCUUCUGCCUCUCUGAGAGCGCUGCAAGUGUCUCUACUGGACCCAAAGGAGUGUGGGACUCGGAGGAACCAGAGCAACCCAAGAAGAGAAACCCCACUGUGUGCAGCAGGGAAGAAGGGCAAGAAAUAUGCCUGUCUGGGUGACUCCGGGGCGCCCCUUGUGUGCCAGCUUCAGUCUGGAGGGCCUUGGUUGCUUUUUGGGAUCAGCAGUUCCAGAGCAAAAUCCAAUCAACCCCUGUGUCCUGGUAACUUUACAGCGGUGAGCUCCAAGCUGUCCUGGAUCCUGGAGGUGAUCCCACCAAAAGACAUGGACACCUACUGGAGAAAUGACUCUAUACCGGUCAGAAGAGAGGCUUCCACUGUUCCAUCUUCACACACCGAGAGUUAUAAGGCCAACGCCACAAACAGGUGGGGCAACAGUGUACCCACCACAACCAGAAUGAGCCCAAAGCAGUCACAACAGAAGGUUCCCACUCCCACGAGGAGACCAUAUUGGUAAUGACUUAUUGACUAGAGAAUGGAGAUGCCAGAAGUGACUAUACCAGGACCACUUUAGAUAAACCUCUCACCCCAAUGGGAUAGUCCUCCUACUCCAAACAGUGAUGAGGCUGUUCUACCCAUAGGAGGUGUGGCCAACGACAGAAUGGGAUCAUCAGUCAAUUCAACCACUGAGGAACCACCAGUGAAACACAACUGAAAUACCUCAACUCUGAGCUGCGAGAAGAACCGAGAACCAAAAUUUCUUUGUAAAGAAAUUAUAUAAAUGUGAUUGUCUCCUAAUAAUAUAAUAUACUAUUUAUGGGCACAUUUCUCUGCUGGACUGGAAAUAACUGUAAAUAAAGAUAUUUCAUAGCUAUA